AUGGUGGUGCCAAAGACUGAAACAAGGAAGCCAGGUAGAGGCCUCCACGUGGAGGAGGUGGUCGUUUUCCUGAAGCAGAACUGCUGGCACAGCUUUGGGGUGGGGACCACGAGCCUGCAGAAGAGCACCUGCCUUUCUCCUGAGCGCUGGCUUUGGGCUCAAGUGGCCAUUUGUACUAAGUGUUUUAUCUCCUUUCCAGGGAGCUCCAGUGGGAACUCUUCUCCGGAGUAUCCUCGGAAGGAAUUUGCAUCCUCUUCAACCAGAGGAAGGAGCCAAACACGAGAAAGUGAAAUCCGAGUCCGACUGCAGAGUGCAUCCCCGUCUACACGAUGGACAGAAUUGGGUGAUGUUAAGCGUUUGCUCAAGGGGAGCCGAUGAGCAAGUGUGAGCCCCACCCAGAAUUGCUCCAACACACUCCCCAUCCCCAAGAAAGGCACCGUGGAGACCAAAAUGGUGACAGCAAGCUCCCAGUCAGUGUCAGGCACCUACGACGCCACCAUCCUGGAUGCCAACCUUCCCUCCCACGUGUGGUCCUCCACCUUGCCAGCGGGGUCCUCCAUGGGUGCCUAUCACAACAACGUGACGACCCAGAGCUCGUCCCUCCUCAACACCAAUGCCUAUUCUGCAGGAUCAGUGUUUGGCUUGCAGAACAAUCUGGCCCCCAGCUCAUCUGCUCUGUCCCACGGUACUGCCAUCGCCUCCACAGCAUAUGGUGUGAAGAAAGACAUGCCCCAGAGCCCUACCGUUGUGAGCACCGGCGUGUCCACCUCUCAGGCCUGUACCACAAGCGUCCAGAAUGAUGACCUCUUGCACAAGGACUGUAAAUUCCUGAUCCUGGAGAAAGACAGUGCACCUGCCAAGAAGGAGAUGGAGCUGCUGAUCAUGACCAAGGACAGUGGGAAGGUCUUUACUGCCUCCCCCGCCAGCAUCGCUGCAACUUCUUUUUCAGAGGACGCUCUAAGGAAAGAAAAGCAAGCUGCCUCCGCUGCUGACACCUGCCUAGUAGCAGAAGCUAAUGGAGACGUGAAGACUGUCCUCAAGGGCAAUGCUGCUUCCGCAGUGGGUGAGAGCAAUGGUCCCGGGGACAAAGGGCUGCUCCUGCUGAAUGGAACACACCUGGCCCGUUCGCCAGGCACUAGUGCACACAUGAGCCACCCAAACCUAAACAGUUUCCCCGAAGGCUCCAGGGGAGCCUGGUGGGGGGCAGGCUGGGGGCUGGAGCUCACAGGCCAUGCCACUCCUGCUGGACACCCACUGCCCACCCUCAGACGUCCAUGGCUACGACCAGCGCAGGGGCGGAGGCACAUGGGGGUGGUGCCAGCCUGGUGCCCCUGCGGCUCCUGCUGCAGCUGGUGGAAAUGGAUGCUAGGCCUGCUGCUCACCUGGCUGCUGCUCCUGGGGCUGCUCUUCGGCCUCAUUGCUCUGGCGGAGGAGGUGAGGAAGCUGAAAGCACGUGUGGAUGAGCUGGAGAGACUCAGGAGUGGUGCAGGAUUCCACAAGGAGGCCAUGGAGAGGAGCAGCAAGGACCAGCUGCUGUACAUGGACAGAUCCGGUCUCGACAGCAGCGGUCAGGAGGCGCUCUGGCUUUUUGUGAGAAACAAGCUGGUGACAGAACAAAAAAAUGGGAAUCUCCGAGGAAGCCCUGGCCCUAAAGAUGACAUGGGAAGUCAAGGCCCUAAAAGAGAUCGAGGGUUCCCUGGGACUCCAGGUAAUCCUGGGCCCUUGUGCCACCCAGGUAAGGAAGGACCAAAGAGACAAAAAGGCAGUGUGGGAGAGCCUGGCAUGGAGGGACCCAUGGGCCAGAGAGGGCGGGAAGGCCCCAUGGGACCUCACGGAGAACCAGGGCCUCCUGGGUUUGGAGAGAAAGGAGACAGAGGGGCUGCUGGUGAACCAGGUACUCAGGGCCCACCUGGAGUCCCAGGUUCUGUGGGUGCCAAAGGUUCCAGCGGCUCUCCUGGCCCACAGGGUCCCCCAGGUGCAAUUGGCCUACAAGGAAUCCAAGGGGAUGUAGGACUCCCUGGUGUCAAAGGUGACAAAGAACCUGUGGGGCCACGAGGGCCCAAAGGUGACCUGGGCGAGAAAGGAUCCCGAGACCUCAUAGGCCAGUCUGGCGCUAGAGGUUUGCCCUGUGCUGUGAGCGAGCCUGGAGCUAAAGGAGCCACGGGGCCCCUGGGUCCCUGGGGAGGUGGGACAAGCAUUGAGGUCCUUCAGAACCCACAGUGUUCCAGGCACAGCCCGGAUACCCCAGAGCUGGUCUCAAGACUCGCCUUUACUGAGAUGCCUGUCAGCCAGGACACGGGAGUUGGCUAA